UGGUUGUGUUGUACAUGUGAUUUGUGCGGCUCGGUAACACGUGUUUGUAUUAUUGAAAUUCACAAAAAUGAAAAAUAAACCGAUAUCGCAUAAAAAUGAAAAUACGUUUAAGUUUCGGACAUUCUCAGAACGUCUAGCAGAUAUCAAUGUUGAUGUUAUCCAUCGAAUUAGAACAUUUGAACAGACUCCUGAAGAAGCAGAUACUUUCUUUUUUGAGACUUUGCAGAAAUGGACAGAAUUAAAUUGCACUGAAGAUUUUGAUAAAUUGUGCAAAGAUUUGGGUAUGAAUAUACAAUCAUUGCCACAAAUUGUACAUAAAAAGGAUGUAAUUAUUGCUGUUUUAAAUAAUCAUCUUCAAGAUUGUUCAAAUUUGGCAUUAGAUGCUACUUUAGAACUUGUUGUAGCAUUGGCCAGGGAUUUACAAAUGGACUUUUAUCCAUUUUUUCCAAAGAUUUUUUCAUCAGUUGUUAAACUUUUGGACACAAAAAGUACUGAAAUGAUUGAAAAUGUGUUUGUCUGUUUGUCUUACCUUUUCAAAUUUCUUUGGAGAUAUAUGGUGAAAGAUAUUGAAAAUGUUUUUAUAACUUACCUGCCUUUGUUAAAAGAUGACCAAAAAGAAUAUAUCCGUAAUUUUGCAGCAGAAAGUUUUGCAUUUCUUGUGCGGAAAGUGAAUGACAAAGAAAAGUUUUUUAUUUUUAUGUUUCAUCAAUUGGAAGAAAAUUCAAAGAUGGUUAAUGGCUUUGCACAGUUGUUAUUUCAUGUGAUGAAAGGUGUUAGAAAAGAAUUUCAUAGUUGUAUGAAGCCUAUAUUUUCUAUUUUGAUAAAUUGUCUUGGACAAGGACUGGAUAACAAGGAAGAAAUUGUAUGGGAUGAAUUUCUUAAAAUUUUUACUGAAACAUUGAUUUUAAUGGCUAAGUAUACAGAACAGAAAAAUACAGUAGUAAUUUGGAAUUCAUUUUUUGAAUAUAUUGAAAAAUUACUAAAAUAUUUAUCAUUAAACAAUGAAAGAAUAGAAGAUGUAAGAAAUCAUCUAUGUAGAUUAAUCUCACUUUUUCAAACAUUCAUAUGCUAUAGAGAUGGAAAGUUAAUUUUGUCAGUAGAUGAUGUUAGCAAGAUUUUGUUGAAAAUAUUGAAUCAAAAUAUUCAAAUUAAUUGUAUGAAUGAUGCUGCAAUUCAGAUUGCAAUAACAUUAAUCAGUCAUCAUUACACAAAAAUACCUGGAGGAAUAUUAAAUAAAAUCAUUUGUUCUAUAUAUUCUGAUAAUGUGUCUCAAGACUUAAUUUUUAACUUUACGAGGAAUAUGUUUUCUUAUUGUCUUUUUGAAAAGGAUAUCUUACCAUCAUUAUUAACAUACUGUGAACAAAAAUUAGAAAUAGAAAGUAUUGCAGAAGAGCAAGCUGUAUUAUUGAUUUUAACAGAAUUUUUAUGUACUAAAUUACCAUCUGUUUUUCUGGAAAAAGAGAUAUGUUCUGUUGCAAGUCAUACAUUACUUGUUAAUUCUAGGCCAAAAAACACUUUCAAUAAUUUGGUUGUAAAAUAUUUAUCUGUUUCAAAAGUUCAACUGAUUAAAGAACUUCCUAAAGUUUGGAGUGCUUUAAUUUGUCUUCCAUUUGUCAAGAAUUUAAAUUUAGAAUCAUCAAUUGCAUUUUUAUUAACUCUGGCUGAUGUAUUGUGUAAACUUUGCUUAGAAGAAAACACUGAAGAAAGAGAGUCAUUGUCUUUUAUUUUAUGUCAUUGUUUAAAUUGUUUAUGUAAACUGCAAGCUGGUGGUAUUGUUUGUGCUGUGUUUAGUUCCAGAUUUUUUAUUAAUUUAAUGAAACAAAAUUCAAAAAGCAUCAACUCCUUAUUAUUAUUUGAUGUAUUUCUGACUUACGUUCAUAAAUUUGAUAAAAGUGUGCCCUUGCAUGAAUUAUAUGAAGUAUUUGAAAUUCUUCUAUCCAAUUUGAUGUCUCCAUAUCACAUUGUUCGCUUUCUGACUCUUAAAAUCUUCAAUAAUUUAUCAUUGUUAGGAAUUAUAAAAGAGACAACAGUAUUCAAAAUGUGUCUUGAUGCUGAAUCAAUACCUGCAACCUUUCAAGAGAUACGACACAAAAUUCAACUAUUGCAAAAAUUGAAAUAUGAUCAAAUGUAUAAAAUUUCAAAUUAUGAUCAUUACAAACAGGUUCCUCUAUAUUAUUUGAUUGGAAUGCUAUAUAUUAAUUUCAAAUUGUUAUGGCAACCAGUAAAAGAACUAAUAGCUUCAUAUGUUGUUUUGGGAAAUGCAUUUUGGGAUGUCUAUAUACCACACUUAACAUCGAUUUAUAACUUAUUUGAAGACACAGCAACAGUUUCAUUAGGUAAUUUAUUUGAAGAUGAUGAUGAUUUAUCUAAAUUAUUUCACCAAAAGAUAAUGUCAUCAACUUCAGACUUGGAAAAUCCAGAUCAUAUGAAUCAUCGUAUUUUACUUUGGCAAGCAAUGGAACACUUUAUUAAUGAAGCAGAAUCAAGAAAUCGUUAUUUAGUUACAUUAUUGUUUUAUUUUAUAUGUAAUGAAUUUCACAUUGGAUUAUCAUUUUUUAAAAAUCAAGAUAAUUUUAUUAAAUUAAUGUGUAAUGAAGAAUUAUCUAAGAAAAAUUUUUGUUCCCAUACAACUGAAUAUUUUAACAAAAAAGGUGAAGGAGAAAAGAAUAAAGUAGCUAAUAACAGAAUAAUAAGUGGUUGCAUUUUACUAAGUUUUCGUGAUCCAGAAAUUCAAAAAUUAGCCUUUGAUUGUCUAAUAACAUUUGGUCACAAAUCUCUGAAACCAUACAGUGAAAAUUUUUAUCGUCUUUUGGAUAAUAAGACAUUUAAAACUGAAACAGUGUUGUUUAAUUUGGAAGGUGAAAAUGGAAUAAUUCAGGAAGAACAUAGAGUGGAUGUUUUACCUGUUUUAAUGAGAAUAUUGUAUGGGAAAAUGUUAUGCAAAACUGGCAACAGUACAAGUGGUAAGAAUCAUGCACAGACAAGACGGAAUUUGGUUUUGAGAUUUUUGGCUGGUUGUAAAGAAGAUGAAAUACAGAUUUUUAUUGAUAUAGCUUUCUUUCGAUUUAAACAUUUACUGAAUGAUGAUAUUCUUACCAUGGUGAAAAAUAUUAAGCAAAUGAAUAACUUAAUGGAUUUAUAUCCUCUUCGUAUACAAAUCAGUGCUCUAAAUACCCUGGGAACAAUAUUUAAUCAUCUUCGCAAUCUAAUUUCUACUCUGCUACCUAAACUCUACCAAAUAUUAAUUGCAAUAACAUCUAUAAUAGUUACUUCUCUAGAAAAUUCCACUGAUGUCCCAAAAUCAAGUCGGACUAUAUGCAUAAAGAGACUUAUUGAGUUCUUUAAAUAUUAUGAUUUAUAUUUAUAUUCUGAAAUUGAAAUUGAUGCAGCAUUUGAAACUGUUGUGUGGAAUUUAUUACCACGUUUGGAAAAAGAAGCAUUGAAUCAUCGAUCUCCUCUCCUUCGACUUUUUGCCACAUGGUGUGAAAAUCCAAGAUAUCAUUCAUUAUUGGUCAAGAGUCAUCCUAGAAAUCCAAGUCUUUCUCCUUUGUCUGAAGUGAUGAGACUUUAUUGCUCUCCAAAUGUAAAACCAGUUGUGAUUCAUUUUAUCACUGAUAUGAUAAUUGAACUAUUGACAAGUGAUUCAUCAGAAAUGGAACAGAAUGAAAUGAAUACUGUAAAUGAGAAUUCUACAAUAUCUGAAUCUUCUCAUAAUAAUCUUAAUGGUAUGUAA